UUUAAAGCCUUCGUAUUAUAAUAAACUUUUCGUUGUUGAAGCGUUGAACGGUUCGGUGCUGCGCGUACAAUUUAUAAUAUAGUAUAUACAACUACGUACAUAUACGUGUGUGUAAAUAUGUGUAUACAUAUAUGGUGAAUUUACAGCAAUUAAUCGACGACUUGUAUAGUGAUUUUUAUACCAAAAAAAAAUAUAUGUAUACAUGUAUAUAUGAAUAUAUAAGUAUGUAUAAGGGCUUAUACAAUGUUCAAUAUUAAAUUUUUGUCUGCCAAACAAAAAUAAAGUAGUGUAUAAUCAGGUUUUACUUCUGCCAAUAUGUGCAAAGUGGAACUGGGACGAGAGGUAUACGUUAAAGUUGUAAUAUAUAAUAUAAAACAAGUUAUGGGCCAAUUAUCCAGCCACCACGACAAAAGAAACAAUGAGAAACGCUUGUCGACCGCCACACACUUCAGCAACCGUAAUCACUCCAUACGGAAGUCGAAGGUGCACAACAACAGCCAUUCAACACUUGAAUCACCACCCUCUGUCACCAGCACGGAGGAGUCAUCAAUACUGCGGGUUGGCAACCCACGCAUCAAAGGUCUCGCCAAUGGGCGUCCAGUUACGAUCAGUGAGAUUGGCAAGCGCAUAGAUUUAAAUACCAGUGAUAUUUUCGAUAUUAAGGACAAAGAUACGAAUAGUGUUUGUAGUGGUGGCGGUGUUGGCGGUAUUGGCAUUGGCAUUGGCGAUGUCGGUAUCGGUAUCGGUGGUGCUGACCGUGAUUCAUGGUCCAAUAGUAACUUGCAAGUGCCCAAAUUGGCGGUGUCUUCAGCAGCUACACCAACAGCAACUACACCAAUUCCAUCAGCGGAAAAUGUUACGGAUGGUGUUGGUGCACUCGCGAGCGCGACAAAGAAAACGGAGUAUUUAACCAUUGGCGAUAGAUAUCACAAAACAAACAAUUGCUACUAUCGCAGUCCCAAUGGAAAUUUCCAUAAGUUGCCGUCAGAUUCCUAUCAUAAAAUGACUGAUGGGUGCUAUAUACGUGCUUCCGAUGGCACUUUUCGUCGGUUGGAGCCACCGAGUACCGUCACAAAUGGCGGCGGCGGUUCGAAUGCUGGUAAAUUGCAUCAGCGGGGUGAUGCUAGCGGCAGUUCAACACGUAUAAAAAAUCAUAUGCUUAAAUUUUUGAAACGUUCCAAAAGUCAUACACCCGCAACCAUGAAGGAAUUGGAGAAGGAGCGAGGAAAGGAGAAAGGAUUGAAGUCAAGUCGUGGUCGAAAAGCGCGCUUCCCAUCUACAAUACAGGAGAAUUGCCCCACACUGCCCACGAGUGGCGGCAAAACGCCCAGUGGUAGCAUAACGGCCGGUAGUCGUAAUAACAAAGUAGUUGUUACUAUGAUGGAAGGUGGUGGUUUGCCAAUAAUAGCGACCAGUAAAGCGGAACGUUCGAAAAAUAAAGAUUCUGCAACGGGCAGCACAGCUGAUGGAUCGCGCAGUGGCCGAUCGAGGGGCUCUCCUAAUAUGCAACUGCGUAGCAGUGCUCCAAUGCGUUGGCGUGCCACAGAGGAACAUAUUGGAAAAUAUAAGCUUAUAAAAACAAUCGGAAAGGGCAAUUUCGCUAAAGUAAAAUUAGCAAAGCAUUUGCCUACUGGUAAAGAAGUGGCUAUUAAGAUCAUUGAUAAAACCCAAUUAAAUCCGGGGUCCCUGCAGAAGCUCUUUAGAGAAGUUAGAAUUAUGAAGAUGCUUGAUCAUCCAAAUAUUGUGAAACUUUUUCAAGUUAUCGAGACCGAAAAGACAUUAUAUCUGGUUAUGGAGUAUGCGUCCGGUGGGGAGGUAUUUGAUUAUCUUGUUUUGCAUGGCCGAAUGAAGGAGAAGGAAGCACGUGUUAAAUUCCGACAAAUCGUAUCAGCUGUGCAGUAUUGCCAUCAAAAGAGAAUUAUACACAGGGAUUUAAAAGCUGAAAAUCUGUUGCUGGACAGUGAAUUAAAUAUAAAAAUAGCCGAUUUCGGAUUUUCAAACGAGUUCACGCCCGGUUCUAAACUGGAUACAUUUUGUGGCAGCCCACCAUAUGCUGCACCUGAAUUAUUCCAGGGAAAGAAAUAUGAUGGACCUGAGGUGGACGUUUGGUCUUUGGGCGUGAUUUUGUACACACUAGUAAGUGGUUCAUUGCCAUUUGAUGGUUCCACAUUAAGAGAGCUUCGAGAACGUGUGCUCAGAGGCAAAUAUAGGAUUCCCUUCUAUAUGUCAACUGACUGUGAAAAUUUACUUCGUAAAUUCCUUGUAUUGAAUCCAGCCAAACGCGCCAGUCUGGAAACUAUUAUGAGUGAUAAGUGGAUGAAUAUGGGGUUUGAAGAUGACGAAUUAAAACCCUAUAUAGAACCAAAACAAGAUCUAGCUGACCCCAAACGGAUAGAGGCUCUAGUGGCAAUGGGUUACAACAGGCAAGAGAUUGAAGUUUCACUAUCCCAGGUGCGAUACGAUGAUGUCUUCGCAACUUAUCUGUUACUGGGCAGAAAAAGCACAGAUCCUGAAAGUGAUGGUUCACGUUCUGGUUCGUCACUAUCGUUACGCAAUAUGGGUGGAAAUGAUGCGGGCGCCACCACGAACGCGUCCGCACAAAGCCCCACACAUCGUGGCGUGCACCGAAGUAUCUCCGCUUCAAAUACGAAACCAAGUCGACGUGCUUCAUCUGGCGCUGAAACACUUCGUGUUGGCCCAACAAAUGCGGCAGCAGUUGCAGCCACAGCCGCUCCUGGUGCUAUAAAUGCAGCGCCGUCCAACAACAAUUACGGUGGCACUGGCUCGGGCUCAUCCGCUGAGCGUUCUUCAAUUAGCAGCAACUUUAAACGUCAGAACACAAUUGAUUCGGCUACAAUAAAGGAAAAUACUGCGAGGUUGGCAGUACAAAAUCACAGACCCUCAUCAGCUACUCAAAAGCUUUUAACAACUGCAGAUACAACGCUUAACAGUCCUGCGAAGCCGCGAACUUCAACAAAAUACGACACAUCAAAUACUAAUCGCACUACUGUUGGCACAACCGGCAUGAUACCGCGUCGUUCAACUACAUUAUAUGAAAAGACUUCAUCAACUGAAAAAACGAAUGCAUUGCCAGCGGAAACAAAUGGAUCUGCCAACUCUACAGGAAAAGGCCAUGUUAAAAGCGCCUCUGUCUCCAGCCCUGGCUCGACCGCUGAGGGAGGAGUCGCUGUUUCCAAUGAAACACUCGGAACGAGAAUGACGUCGGCUGUUAAGUCUAGCAGGCAUUUCCCCAGGAAUGUGCCAUUACGAUCAACCUUUCAUUCUGGUCAAACAAGGACUAGAAACAAUGCUGCAUUAGAGUACUCCGGAACGAGUGGUGCAUCGGGUGACUCUCCACAUCCAGGCCGUAUGAGUUUUUUCUCGAAACUGUCAUCCCGAUUCAGUAAACGGGCUUCAGCAACCGAAGAGUCGGCUAAACCACGUGUUUUGCGUUUUACAUGGUCCAUGAAAACCACUUCGCCUCUAAUGCCCGACCAGAUAAUGCAGAAAAUACGAGAAGUGCUUGAUCAAAACAACUGCGACUAUGAACAGCGCGAAAGGUUCGUGCUUUGGUGUGUGCAUGGUGAUCCGAAUACCGAUUCAUUGGUGCAAUGGGAAAUUGAAGUAUGUAAAUUGCCUCGAUUAUCACUCAAUGGCGUACGAUUCAAGCGAAUUUCAGGAACCAGUAUAGGAUUUAAAAAUAUUGCAUCACGCAUAGCAUUUGACUUACGACUGUGACUCCACCAAACAAAUACUGACGCGGCUGCCUUUGCUUCUGAUAGUACCACAACCGCCACUUCACGCUGUCAUCAACCGCUUACCACAUCGUCAUUCAAUCACACAACAAAUAUCAAAACAAUUAAUCUAUCCAUCGCCUCCUGCAUCAUAAAUGAAUCGAUUACAAAAAAUAAAAAAAAUCCCGAAUGUGGCAAAAAUUGUACCAGCAACAUUUUUCGUAAGAAGAAGUACAAUAACUUUGAUGGCAACAAAAGGUCUUUGCUAUUACCACCAACUCCACCAUCUACUGCGAAUUCGCAGUGCUGUUGUUCAGCAUUCGAUCCGAUAGAUAUAACCUUAAAUAAUACAAAGUUGAUGUUAUCUCCUUCGAAGGCAGCAACAACAACAACUAAAACAAUGGAAAAUGACUGCAAAUCAAUUAUGACAGAGAAUGUUAUUGAUUCAGCAAUGACAAAAUGUUCUACAGAUAUGUUGGAAAAUCCGAUAUCGAUUAAUUCUGUUAUAAACAGGAAUGCACAAGAAUUAUCGCAAUCACCAGCAUCUGCAUCAAUGAAGGAAAAGUCUAUUUCAAAAGGCAACAAUUUGAUGAAAAAAACAUUAGUAGUUGAAAAAUUAAAAAGUACUAAUAGCGUGAUAACACGAAAAAUAUUUUCAACGAGGAGAGUUGCGCAAAACAGUAAUCAUAGUGAUGAAAAAAAUAAGGAAACAUUAAAAAUAAAUGAUUCAUCAGACUUGGAUGUCCAGACCAUAACAACAAAAACUGAUACCGCUACAACAUUGAAAAACAAUAUAGUUAAAGAGGAUAGUCAUAGCAUGAUCACCUCACUGCUGCGUACAACAACGCUGUAAAUUGUUUACUGAAAGUCAUAUGCUUCAAAAUUUCGUCUUAAAUACUUCUAAAAUCUCUAAAACAUAAACAAAGAUAUUGUAUUUAUAUUAAAAUAGCCCCAAUUAUAAUCUACCCUUGUUUUUAUAUAUACGUAUGCCCUUUUCAUGUUCAAUAAUUGUUACGAUACUUACCCACAAUACACUGUAUGCCUGCGUGAUGCAUGAAUGAUAAAAGGACUAAAAGGUAAAACCGUUCGCUCAAUUUAUUCGCCAUUUAGUGUGUUUUGCUGCU